UUUUUUCAAAUUCUUCAACUGAAUGUUUGGAUUUUCUAAUCGCAGCCACUAGCCCGCGUUACAUUGUAGCCGUUAAAAAAAACUCAAAUAACUUUGUAUCGUUAUACAAUUUAGAAAAAUAUUUUUACGUAUUGAAUUAUUAUUAUUAUUACGUAUACAAGCAUUAUUUAGAAACCAGAGUAUACUUGUACGAUGCACCCUUCUGAUAAAAUUCCUUGCGGCGCCUAUGUACACAUCAAAAAGCCCAAUAAUAUUUUUACUAUCAAAAUUCAAAGAUCAUAGUAAUCUAACAAACGUUAAAGUAUUUCUAAACUCGAUAGCUUAUCCGUAUGAUAAUUUAAAUUUGGAUUUUUCAAAAAAUAAUUUUACCUUAUUAUAUGAUAUAUUUUCAAAAUACGUACUAUGAAAAAAAUAUACGGAACCCGAUAUUGAGUCCUUCUACUUUUCUAUCAAACGCUCCGAUUAUAGUUAUCGAUACUUCAAAGCAGAAUGAUUCAGCUACAGCCUCAGCAGUGGAUGUUCAAUUGGAAAUUGAGGCAUCAGAAUCCUUUACAGUGUAAACAGACUUUUGAAAAUAUCUUAUGUGUUCAGACUACAGCCUUAUCGAAAAAAUCAACACUCGAAAAAAUUUAUGUAGUACUGCAGGAAUUUAUGUGUAAAAUCAAUGAUAGUGAAUCCACUAUUCAAGAAGAGAUACAGUCCGAGAACAACUCAACUAAAACAAACUUCAAAGAAGUAGAAUUUGGUAAAAGAAAAACAAAUUGCAAGGCAUUUGAUAACUUUAAAGCGUUAUGCAGUGAAAAUAAAUCGCCUUCUGUAAAAAAACAAAAUAUCUACAAAUGUGCAGACUGCAAGUACCAAACACCUAGAAAAUCUGAUUUGAAAAAACAUCUGAAACGUCACAUGGGAGUGUGCGACUAUUUUUGUAGUUAUUGUGAGCGGAAAUUUUUUGAUAAAUACAACUUGGAGCGACAUGUUAAUGCUAGUCACACUAAAAAACAACAAUAUUCAUGUUCAUUGUGCACUUAUAAAACAUUUUUGUUUGAUUCAUUGAAACGACAUAAAAAAUUGAAACACAUAGAAGGUGAUCACAUAGGAGCAAAAUUUGUCUGCUCUGUUUGUUACCAUGUCAGUGCUUCAAAACAUGAUAUGAAUGUACAUUCAUACAGUCAUGACAAUGUUAAAUCUUAUAUGUGUGAAGAAUGUGGUUCUAUGUUUGCUAUCAAGAGCCGGUUGAUAACGCACCAAAACACUGUGCACAAUGAACCUGUACACCCAUGUCAAAUUUGUGACAAAUCAUUUAAAACACUGACGCUGCUCAAGAGACAUACAGUCAUACACUCUCGUUGCAAGCCUUAUUGCUGUCCAUUCUGCAACCAUUCAUCUAAUAGCCAGAGCAACUUGACCAAACAUGUGCGCAAAAUUCAUUCCCAGGGUGAUUUCUCAUACCAUAAAUUUAUUAAUGGAAAAUAACACUAAAAUAUAAUUUUAGUACACAUCUGGUUGUUACUUUGUGCGCACCAGACCUGAGCUUACCAAUUGAAAACAUCAAGAUUGAUAAUUUUUUAUGUAUUUGUUAUUGUUUUUAUAACACAUUGUUGUUCUUUUUAAUUUCAUUACUCGUUUUAUACUAUUUUUAAUGCAACUUAGGUACA